AUUUGAGACGCGGGAAAUCCAACAGACAAGAGGAGGAAGCAGGGAUUUUCCACAAAUGCUUGUUUCGUUUUGUAUUUAUAUCAGUUUCGGUUGUAGAGAUUUCAUCAUAGUGAUAGUUUCGAUCAGCAAGCAUCAGUUUAGAGAUAAUAGCAAAAGGAUGAGAUUGCUCACUUCAGUUUUAUUUCUUGUUGUCUGUGUUCUGUUUUACAUUAAUUCAGCUGAAUGUCAGUUCAAUUUUAUGAAACAAGCUGGUCAAGGUGCUCGGGAUAUGUGGAGGGCUUAUUCUGACAUGAGAGAUGCUAAUUGGAAAGGAGCAGACAAGUACUUUCACGCACGUGGAAAUCAUGACGCAGCUCAAAGAGGACCAGGCGGUAAAUGGGCUGCAGAAGUGAUCAGCAAUACUAGAGAAGCCUUUCAAGGUCCAAAUACAGCCGAUUCCAAAGCUGACCAGGCAGCAAAUAAGUGGGGAAGAGAAGGUGGCGACCCAAAUAAAUUCCGCCCGAAAGGUCUUCCGGAUAAAUAUUGAAGAUUCUAACAAGAAAGAGGACGCAAGUCAUUUAUGAAGAAAAAACAAGGCAGAAGCAGCAGCAGCAUUCAAAUCAAAACAUCUGUUCAUUUAAAUAAAUCCAAAGCACAAUUUUAAAUAUG